UGUUAAUAGGCAAUACUUCAUCGUGCUUGUGACUCAAAAUGUUUUAUCUCGUUAAGGGUAUAAGGGUAUAAGGGGCCAUGCGAACAAAAAAUGUCCUAUCUCUAGAAUUCCUCGAAACGGCGUAAGUUUUUCUCUGCUUCUCUAGUCUGCCUGCAGUUCCAUUCAUAAUUAGUUUUUAUAAAAACUAGUAAUGAUUUUAUCUUGUCCGCCGACCCCACAUAAUCACUUCAUAACAUUUCCAAUCGAGAGUGAAAGUAAUUCGUAGAACAACAGAGCACGAUCAAUUUAGUUUCUCUCGACUCUCUUCGAUUUCACCGAGAACAGAGAUCAUUUUAAAAUAAGCAAACAUAUCUAGUUGUAUUUUGUAAAUAGGUUAAAUGAAUCUGUCUUGUUUGAUAAUGAUCUGCGUUUCCUCUUCGGGGUGUUUUGAAAAGUUUUCUCAGAGUUUAGUUCGCCCGAGAGCGUCGGGCAAAGCACAAGCACUCGACAAUUUUAAAAUUAUAAAAUAUAAUGAAACAUAAUCGGAAAAUAUAAGCCAAAUACAGAACCUCAUGGACAAGUCAACGCGGCCAAAACGAAAUCGUCGACAUAGCAGGCGAGCCUGGCCACCGGAGGAGGAGCUGCAUCCAGCAUCCCGAGCCACAAAGAGAUUAUUUACUCCCGACAUUAAGAGGAUGCUAAAAGACUGGUUAAUUCGUCGCCGGGAGAAUCCCUAUCCUAGCAGGGAGGAGAAAAAACAACUUGCUGCAGAGAGUGGACUUACUUACACUCAGAUUUGCAAUUGGUUCGCAAACUGGCGAAGAAAGCUUAAAAACUCGGAGAGAGAGAAAGCCAAGAAAUCCUGGGGCCAUCUGAUCAAAAAUUACAACCACAAUGCAAGGGGUAAUGUGGAACAAUUUAGCAUCUCGUCGGAGGAUAGCAUUUGGGAGGAGGAGAUGCACUCAUGUCCUGGGGAGGAUGACGAAGGCGACGAUAAUGACGAGUUUUCCAGCCACAGUACUGGUAGCGAUGGCAAUGCCAAUAAUGAUUCUUCAUCCCCGUACAAGCCGAUAUUGUUUUUAGGAUCUGCAGGUCAGACCGAGCGGAUACCCAUUUUAUCAGCGCAAACAGGGGGCAGGGCCAAGUACAAGCAUCAGAUGAUGGAAAAGUAUCUACGAGAUAGUUCCCCGGCGAAAACGACCAGUCAACAGGGUACGCAACUCAAGAAGUGGUUGGAAAGUGCAGCAAAGUUUACACCGGACAGGAACAAUUAUCACAUCGAGUGGAAUAUGACCAGGCAGAAAGCUAGCAGCAAUAGCAGUUGUGGACAAGCGAUCUUUACCACAGAUGUGUCUGGGGCUGGUCGUGGUGGACGCUGGAUGCUUCAUCAUAAGGACGAAUUGGAAGCGGCAGAGGCCUUGGCCAACCUCGCCUUCAACUGCAGGCAGCGCUGGCACCAUAUCUAAAGACUGAAGACUCCGGAACUGACGCCAUCAUUCCAGCAGAAGUUUCAGGCCCCGCUAAAAAGUGCAAUCUAGUCAAGUGGGCUUCUUCUGGUUUUCAUUUUCGAACUUUACAGUACAAUAAUCACACGUUACAGGAUUUUCUUCGAGUUAAAAACCCUUUAGACCAACACUCAUUUAAAUUAUGUGAUAAACUAAGUGGAUCAUAUUCAUGUAAACGUGAAAACCAGGUUUCGCCGAGAGUUAACAAUUACAAUUACUACAGCUAGUUUAGAGUGAAAAACAAUUAUAUAAUUUUUGAUUUCUUGUUA